AGUAUAUGUAUAGGUACUCACAAAAUCGGUGCUAUCAGCUAUUGCCAAAUGACUCGUUCUAAAUAUUCGCCCUUAACCCUUUCGGUAUGUUGUUAGGCGCUCGCUUCAUUCUAUACAGUGUGGCCAAUCCCCCUCGUGGGUACGAGCCAUGUUUUGAGGCAACAACAACAACAGAGUGAGGCGAGGAGGAGAAAGAAGAACUUUGCUUCGGCCUGUCCGCCGCGGUCGCUUCGCUCGAUAUGUACUAUGGAUUGGUCUCGGUGCCCAGACCCACGUAAGCGCCACAGAACAGCGUCCGCUUUCGAAAAUGCAGAGCUCGGCGACGACAAAGCUGCAGACGUAAGGACGUACACUAGCACGGCAAGAUCGAACAAGGUGAUGCCACGAGUCGCACAUUGCGUUUCCACACCCGCUGCGACCGAUGCUGGGACGUUCGACGCGGUCAUGCAGACGGAGCACCCGGAAUCGCCGCCUCGCCAACCGCCGUCUGCGCCUGUACGGGACGCGUCUGGUCCGAUCCAAAAAGAAGAACCGCAGAAUGCCACUCUCCAAGUCGCCGACUCGGCGCUUAACCACCAUCCCCACCGAUACAUUUCGCCAGCCGAGUCCUGGCGCAGCCAUCAUCACGCCCUGUGUGGUAGAAGCAGGCAAGCAUCAGCAGCGCCUGCAGCACCACCGUACCCUUCGGCCUGUCACUAUCGCCAGCUGUACCCAGUAGCGACACGGGCAAUGCCCCGGAUGACAAAGUUCUGCACGCCACCCAUGCCCUGCGGACGUGUGCAGACUGCUGCUGGCGCCAUGCACCAACCACCCAGAGUGAUCGGUCAUCGUCUCUACAACUCAAGGGGCCUCUACCCUCUCCCCAAAAGCAACAUGCGGUGGCGAUCAUUCGCGGACCCCUGCCGCAACGCUCCUCAGAUGGCGCUACACUGGCAACAGGAUGACUAUGGGAAAGACCUGCCAGAUGGAGCCGAGGGGUGCUGCAACCGGCCCUGCGUCAUGGUAACCGUGAUGGUGAUGGUGGCGUUCAUCGCGUUGGGCCUUGUCAUAUCCUCGGCAGGCUUCUACAAAUUUCUCAUCUCCGACACCACCUCCCCACCAAAAGUCGCACCCUGGGCACUUCCAGAGUUCGGGCCAUGGACGGCGCCUGUCAACGCUGUCCUGCCCUGGUACCAGGUCGUGAACGCCAACGACACCCUGUACACGGACCCCCGGCAUCGGUUCGCAUGCGUCUUCCACGCCGACUCGGAGGGUCUCGUCGCCCCCUACGCAGGUGCCUCGUUCGGCCUGGCGCGCUUCCCGUUCGCCCUGUGCACCGCGGUGUUGUUCUGCUGCCCAUCGCUGGCCGCCAACAUGGAGCCCGGCACCGACUAUCCGGAGAUUCUGGCGCAGGAAUUUCUCAGACGCGUGCCGAAAAACCGGUUCCCGCGCCCUCUCCUUAUGCUGGGCAACGGCUCCGGCUUAGACUCGCCGCAAUUUUAUGACUUGAUCAGACUGGCGGAAGGCGGAGCCCUGCCUCCUACGAUCGGGGCCUGGUACCAGGAUCGGGCAUUCGAUGGCGUAGUUCUUCAUUGGCCCGACUCAGCGUUGACUCCGUCGACCUGGUCAAAGCUUCCUGGGGCGUUGAUCCAGCUGCGCGCGCACUUAUCAAACGUCCACCACCUGAGCCUCGCUGUUGCCAUGGGCCAACACGUGGCCAGCGGGACACGCUUGCGCUCGCUGGCAGCGGCACUGGGUGCGGCCUCUGUGUACCUGCUGCCACCAGUACUCGAGCCCGCCGACUACUUUGGCCACACCUUCAGCUACUAUGACGAAUCGACCCUGAAAACGCUGUGGCGCCACGUCGGUGCCUUUCUCGGUCAAGAGGAGCAGAGCAGCGUCUGCUACAUGCUGCCCGCGGAUGUACUGAGCUUCCGGGUGGCUCGAGGUUACGACGGGAACACUUCGGACUCGGUGCUUCCAAGCGAGGAGCGCCUCGGUUUCGGUCCCGCCGGAAACGCGACGGGCGUGCCAGGCCGCAUGGCCUACUUCGAGGCGUGCCGCUUGGUCCGAGACGGCUUCAGCGUGGUCGACCUCGAGUACGGCGUCGUGGCGUCUCGAGACGACGUCUGGCUGUCGUACACGACUCCACGGCAGAUGGCGCGCUUCGCCGACGCCCUACGCGACAACCUGACGGCGGGGUGUCUCGGUCUGUGGAACCCGCAGUGGGACGAUUUCGCGGCUGCCUGCGGCGGCCUUGAAUACCCACUCGUCAGGGCUCUCUUUCGCCGCCGAAAUGGCACACGGCCAUAAUUUUUGGAGCCCGCGCAACAAACGCGGUUUGAGCCGCUUUUGUUGGACACGGGGUAUACGUGACCGGAACCCGAAUACGGCACCCUAAUUAAAGGAAGAAAGGCGUAACCACGACCACACGAGAACAAUGGUUCUCGUAACUUCUAUUUCGACCGCUUUGAUGCUAACAUUGUACUCUGAACGCUGUUGGAACACUUAAAGAACACAGCCCUUGGACAUUGCAUUCCAACACAUUUUUAGCCAUGACCGACUUUGCGUGUUACUUUCUUUGUCCAAUAACGAUGGCUUCUAUGCAUCUUGUCUGCACUAGUGCCUUAACUUGUGACAAUGUAAAGGUCUGCUAGCAUCCAGUUCAACUGCGCGAGUAUUUUACCAGAGAGUUGGCGGUCAUCAACAAUAGUAAUCAAUCAGUCAAUCAAUCACUCAGAAAGUUCAGAACAAUGUACAGAAGUCUAUGUCGUUGAAAGUCGUCAAAGUCUGCGGCAUAAUCAGUUUUACUGGCCAAAUAAACUUUACUUUUACUCGAUAA